GCAUGUGAUUUCGUAUGCGUUACGCGAAUGCCCACGUGUAUAGAUACAGCAACGUACCACUUGACAUAUAUAUAUGUAAAUAUGUUUAAAUAUUUUUAACUUCAUUUAACAUAUUUGUUUUUUGUAUAGGUGGUGGAACCUUGGUUUCUCCAUCACAGAAUAGUGCUUACAACAAUUGCCUUUGGCCCUCCUAUUCCAAGGAGUGUAAAAAACCUCGAAGGAAAAAAUCCUUCGUUUUCAAUCUCUUCAGCAAGUUGAAAACCUUUCCCAAAAAUUUGAAAACACAUCAAGAAAAAUUAUUUUUUUUAUUCUUUUGUGUACAAGUAUGGCUUUCUAAUUUUCUUUACCAAGAUGAAUCUAUCUGUUGUUCAAAUAAACCACCGGGUCCGAGAGGCCAAAUACUCGUCAAACUUUUAUGUCUGUGUCUCCAACAAUGUCAACCAGAAACAGCUCCGUCCCUCCCUCCAAAUGUCCCAGUUCUGAGACAGUUUGCAUAAAAAAAGAAGAUCGUAGUCGAGCCAAUUAUUCUGGUAAAUCAUACAACAAGCAACGUCAAGAAAGCGGAAACUUCGCUGCUAGUUCACGGCCAAACACCAAGUUUAAUAAUAAUGGAAAUCGUUCAUAUAAACCCCGAGAUUCAAGGGGUGGUGCCGGAAAUUGGGGUGGGAGAAGAAAUCAGAUGAUAAAAAAUCGUCAAGAUGAGUUUAAUCCUGUUUCAACGGAAAUUAAACAAGGGAAGAAAGUGAAUUUGAACCAUCUUCUAAACUUCUCAUAUGAGAGCAUGGAAGAUGAGAGAGGAAGUGGAAGAAACUAUCGCUCUCAUCAGAUGCAUAAGGAAACAUUUAACAAGGAACAAUACCUACAAGCCAACUGCCAGUUUAUUGUAAAGGAAGGUGAAGAUUACAGCUUUUAUCUGGGUGAUAGUGACCUACCUAUGUCAUGGGAACUCAUAGAAAAAGUGAAUAUGUGGAGCUCAGAGACCCCAUCAUGCCCAAUAUGCUUGUAUGAACCAGAAGUGUCUUGUGUAACUAAAUGUGGGCAUAUAUACUGCUGGCCGUGCAUCCUCCAUUAUUUAGCACUAGACAACAAAAUGUCAAGGAUUUGCCCAAUCUGUCAUGUGUCUGUCAAAAAAGAUGAUUUGAAAAGCGUUUCCGUGUACAAGGACGCUGCUCACAAAAGCCAGAGUGUGAUUACAAUGAAACUGAUGAAACGCUCACGUGGUUCUGCUGUGUCUAUCCCUGUUAGUCAGGAUGUUACCAACUCAAAACCAAUGGAUUAUAAAUUUACAAAUUGUGCCAUCAACACAAUACAGGAACAGCGUAACCACAAGUUCCUGGUAGGCACGGCUAAUGAUAUUGCUGAUAAUAUUGUGAGGAUUGAGAUUGAACAACUACAGUUUAAACUUGCUACAGAAACAGAUGAAACAGAGAAAAGUUUCAUCCAACUUGCAUUGGAUUUAUGCAGGGAAAGGCUGAAGCUUUUAGAGCAAACUAUUUCUGAAACAGAUGACCAAUCAACAACAACAAAUGAAGUCAACAGCCUAAACCAAAACAACGAAUCAAAUGUUGAUAUUGAAACUGAAGCGAAACAACAAGCGCAGAAUUAUUACUUUUACCAGUCGAAUGAUGGUCAACACAUUUAUCUACACCCCAUCAAUGCAAAAUGUAUCAGCCACCAGUAUGGUAGUUUUGAAAACUGUCCGACUGAAAUUACAGCCAAGAUAUUGGAACUGGAAAGAUUUACAAUGAAUGAGUCAACAAGAAAGCGACAUCGUCACCUGUCCCAUCUUCCCCUUUCACUUGAGUUCCACAUCGCCGAACUUGACCUUCGGCCUCCGUUAGUCUCCACGGCAACACUGGCUUUUUUCCGUGAGGGUUUGGAGCGAAAAGCAGCACAGAGGAAGAAAAAGGCUCGGGACGAGAAAAGGAUUUUAAGGAAGACGCAUAAUGAAGAGAUGCGGAAACAAGGAAAAUACCCAGCUGCUCGCAUCAGUUUAGAAAGUCAGAAGCAAUUUCCGCACGUCCAUGUCUCCAACCCUGCUCCUGCUUCUGGAGGAUCUUUCUCUGUUCUUCUUGCAUCACCCGGAUCACCUGAUAGCUCCCUGUCAUCUUACAUCGCAUCUGCAUCAUCUAACGAGUGUUGUGAGGUCCGGGAUACUCCCAGUCCAAUAUCAACUGUUGGAAGUGAAGAGAAUGUAACCGCUGGACCAUCUUUUGCUCAGAUGUUGAGACACUCAAACGAUCAACCAACAUGGCCAAGACUCGCAUCUUACUCCUGCCCUCCAGUGGCCACAUCAUCAUCAUCAGCUCCUCUUAUGGAGGUUGAUGCUGAUCCCAACUACAUCCCUCCUCCAUCCUACCAGUCAUCUUUCGGGGAUGCUCUCUGCUCCGCUCUGGAUAAUCUGGAUGCGGGAUCUUCGGAGCAAGGAAGCAAAAAGAAGAAGAAAAAAAGCAAAGGAAAGAAAGUUCUUCUGUUUAGCACAGCAAGUCAGCAGUUUCAGUAAAUAAAAUGUUUAAGAAAUUAUAAAAGAAAAAAGAAUUUGAAUUGAUAAACUUAAAAAACAAAUAAAAAUAUUUUUAAAAAUAAACCUAAAAAUGUUUUUCUUUAAUUCAAAAAGUCCUGUCGGUAAAGGGAAGUUAAAUUAAUAAAGUUGAAAAAAUAAUAAAAUAAACUUUGGAGAAAAAGUUUUAAAUUAAAAAAACUUCUAUUUAGUACAGCUAGUCAGAAAAGUUUCAGUAAAACAGAAUUUAAAUUAAAAAGUUCAGAUUAAAUUUUACACUGAAUAAUUUAGUAAUUAAGUGUGCAAGUUUACUCUGUAAAAAAAAAAUGGUCAAAAUUGAAUUGAAUUUGCCAUCUGCUUUACUGGCAAUAUUUACUUGUUUAUAAUUUAUGCUGUAAUUCAAAAAUGCUCACAUUUGUGUAAAAUAAACAACAAAAACGUCAUUUUUUACAAUGUGUAUGUACAUAAUAUAACAGCCUUUGCAAAAUUUUCUGCGAAAUGCUUGUUCAAAUUUUAAAUUUUCCUUAUUUGAGUGGCUUAAUUCUGAUUUUUUAAAAAAUGUAUUGUGUUGUAAGCAUUUUGGUGUUGGUAAACGGUUUCUAAAAUUGCAAAGAUUUAAAUUCCUAAUAUGCCACAUUGCAUGCACGGUGUAUGUUUUGGUAAUGGAGCAUAUAAAUGCGUAAUUUGUUGUCUUAUUUGUAAAUAUUUUGGCGUGUAAAAAAUAAAAAUGCCCGAAAUAUGUA